AUGCGCUCAUUACUGCCAGGCCUUGCCUUGUUUGCCUCUGGCCAUGCCGCUCUCGCGGCGUUCACAUCCCUUACCGCCAAAGAAACGUUUGCUCGUAUGACACCAGGUUGGAACCUGGGGAAUACUUUGGAUGCGCUGCCGACUGAGGGCAGCUGGAUGGCUCCUGUGCAGAACGUCACCUUCUCACAAAUCUAUGCCGAAGGAUUCCGGAGUGUUCGUAUUCCUAUUACAUUCAAUGAUCACUUUAUCUCGGAUAACCCAAAUUACACGGUCGACCCGGCUUGGCUCUCUCGUAUCAACUAUGUAGUGGAUGCUGCACUAUCCACAGGGUUGUUUGUGGUGGUCAAUGUUCACCAUGACAGUUGGAAUUGGGCAGAUAUGGCAGGGCCCAAGCCUGACAUUGAUGCUCGCAAGGCCAAAUUCGAAAAGCUCUGGCAACAGUAUGCUUCUCUCCUCAAGGAUAAGAAUGAACGACUCAUUUUCGAGUCGAUAAAUGAGCCAACAGGCUCGACCCAAGUUGACGCGGACAUUGUGAACGAUCUAAACCAACGGUUCGUGAACAUUGUGAAGGGCUCUGGUGGUAACAACGCUCAGCGCGUUGUAUCCCUGCCGGGAUUGAACGACAAUGCGCAAUAUCUUACCCAGUGGUUCAAGCCCCCAACAGGCUAUCCAGCAGACAAGUGGUCGGUUCAGUUCCAUUAUUAUAACCCUUGGGACUUCGUGAUGAAUCAAUGGGGAAAGACAUGGUGGGGAAGCGAUGCGGACAAAGCUUUGAUCGAGAGUGAAUUCGCACCUGUAAGGGGUAACUUCUCGGUGCCCAUCUUGCUGGGAGAGUACAGUACCAGUGCUCCAGGGUUUGCGAUUGAGAAAGCAUCGGCGUGGGCAUGGUUUGAUACGGUUACCCGCACAGCUGUCAAGUACAGUAUUGUACCCCAGUGGUGGGAUAAUGGUGGAGAGUACUUCGACCGCCCUACAGGCAAAUGGCACGAUAUCACCACCAAAAACAUCGUAAUGGCUGUCGUUGCCGGAAAAAUCAAUAGCUACCCAUAUAGCGGUAAUGGGACAGUCUGGCUCAAAUCAGGUGCCAGUGCUGUUCCGCCGGUCUAUCUUCAAUACAACGGCAACACACUUAAGGGGAUCUAUACCCCAAGUGGCACCAAGCUCACUUCUGGAAAGCAUUAUACCAUUGUGAGCAGCCCACUUCCAGGGUUUGCGUUGACCUCUUCGUACAUCAACUCUCUCGGCGCCACCUCAAAACUCGGGGAACUUGGACGCGUAAUUGUUAGGCUUAGCUCUGGCGCCGAUCUUGAAAUUGACAUUCGCCGAUACGCUCGUCCUAGUAUCCCCAAUGGGACCAUCAACGUUUCUGCCAACAGCGACUACGGCUUCAGUUAUACUUCGAACGGUGCGAAACUCGCAACCGUCAAAGCUCUUGGUCCAAACGGCGAGUACUUGAAGGACGACUGGACUCAAUGGUUGGGCCCUCUUCAAGCUGGGAGGAUCAAUUGGAAUGGGGACUAUAGUGUGAGCGAGGACGAAAAGCUAUUAAUUAUUCGCGGUUCUCUGUUAAGCACAAUUAAGAGUUUCGGAAAGCCUGUAACGCUCACUUGGGAAUUCUGGCCCCGCACGGAUAGUUCAAACACUGCAACUACUGUAGUAACAGUGACAUGA